AUGAGCCAGGCGAGAAGACAACCAGCUGGUCGCCGCCCUCGACCGAGCACCGCUAGAGCACUCAAACCGACCCCCAACGCCCAGCUGCCCUCGCCCCCGAGCAGCAGCAGCCCACCCGCCAGGAGCACAACGAUGGCCGCCCCUGCUGACCAACCAGCCGAGCUCAGCACAGCCAGACUGCUCAAGCCCAAGCAGCCCAGCAGAAGACUGGUCGGCAUGAAGGAACGCAACGAACGAAUCUUCGCAUCCAUCAACGCCUCCCUCAACCCAGCCCCACCCACACACCCACCCGAACCCGCACUCCCCCCACCCCCACCAUCCACCUCAUCCUCAUCAUCAACAUCAUCCGCAAACCUCAACCUGCCCCACCACCAUACCACCCGCUCAGGCCUCAUCCCCUUCGCCAAAGGAUCCAGCCCCAGCCCACGCAAGAUAUCGUCCAGCACUGCCAAAGCCAGCCUCCUCGACCCCGAGAGCACCUCGGAGGACGACGAGCAGAAGUACGGCAGCGUGCGCCACAAACGAACCACACCCCUCAAACCCACCACACCCGAACGAGCUACAGUAAUCCAUGAGCACGCAUCAUCAUCAAGCACAGUCCACCACCCUGCCGACAUCUCCCACCGAAACAGCCGCACCUGCUCCGAAUCCGUCUCCAUGCACACCUCAUCCAGCCGACGCUCCGACUCGUUCCAGAAAACCUUGCGCAACGCCAGCUCGAUCAGCGAGAUCGUCGCCAGACCACCCCCAGAGAUCUCGCCCCCCAGGCCCCCCCCAUCCCAGCACGCCAGCCAAUCUCCCCAAUCCCACCAGAGCGUCUCCCGCCGCCACCGGCCCGGGCUGCCCGACCACUUCGUCCAGCAGCGCCAUCCAGACCAGCUCCGACGCCUCGACCUCCACACCUCCCUCAGUCCCCGCUCAAACCCCAUCCGCCCUUCCACCACCACCACCACCACCACCCGGCCCCAAGACUCCAGCCGGGCUUCGUAUCGCCACAGCGACACCUUCUCCACCGGCCCGGAUCAUAGACUCAAUGGCGUCGAAUCCGCCCUGUCUCGAUACGAUGGCCACCACCACCACCACCACGUUCAUGGCAGUGUUACCAGACACCAAUCCGUCCGCAACAAGCAUGCCAGCUGGUCCGCCUUGGACGAUGUCGGCGGGGACCUGGUCCGCUCCCAAUCAGUACUCGGUGGCGGUAGGCCCCAACAUUUCCCCCCCUCACACCCCUAA